CAAUCAAUCAACUGUCUCCCAACGCCGGAGUCAGGAGGGGGCAGCGAGUUCAUUCCGGUGGUAUCGAAGGAAAUCCAGGAGAUCGUGCAUGACACCGCACCGGAUCACCGCCCGUUGGUUCCUCUGGCGGUGCUGGAGAUCCAGAUGGACAUAGGUAAGGCCAAGUACAGAGUGGUGUUCUCUGAUCGGCCGUCAAGUGGGGAGAGCAGGUUGCCGAGUGCCACGGAUACGGCGUCAUUCGGUGGAGGUGGAAUGCUGGAGGUGUCGCAUUUGGAGUUGGGGAGGUGGCACAAGGUGAGAGAGCUUGAGGUGUCUACCAACGGUAUAUCUGAUGAAAAUGUGAUUGGUGAAGGUGGUUAUGUUAUUAUGUAUCAAGGUGUAUUGGCAGAUAAUACUCGAGUGGCUGUGAAGAAUUUACUGAAUAACAGGAGUCAGGCUGAUAAGGACUCUAAAGUAGAGGUGGAAGUAAUUGGGAAUGUAAGACACAAAAACCUUGUCAGGUUGCUAGGAUACUGUGUUGAAGGGGCUUACAGGAUGCUUGUGUAUGAGUAUGUGGACAAUGGGAAUUUGGACCAACGGCUUCAUGGAGAUGUUGGGGAAGUAAGCCCUCCAACUUGGGAUAUUCAAAUGAACCUUAUAUUGGGAACACCAAAAGGAUUGGCCAUUUUUCAUGAAGGCCUUGAACCAAAGGUGUCUGACUCUGGGGUUGUUAAGUUCUUAUGUUCUGAGAGGAGUUAUGUGACAACUGGUGUGAUGGGAACAUUUGGCUAUGUUGCACCAGAAUAUGCUUGCACUGGUAUGUUAAACAAGAAGAAUGAUGUUUAUAGCUCUGGAAUACUUGUAAUGGAAAAAAUUUCUGGGAGAAACCCUGUUGAUUACAGUCAACCACAUGGAGAGGGGAAUUUUGUGGAUUGGUUGAAAACAAUGGUAGGAAAUCGAAAGUUCGUGGAAGUGGUGGAUCCUAAGUUGCCGGAGAUGCCUGCUUCAAAAGCGCUGAAACGAGUGCUUUUGGUUGGUCUUAGAUGUGUAGAUCCUUAUGCACAAAAAAGGCCCAAAAUGGGACAUGUUAUCCACAUGCUUGUGGCAGAUAUUCCAUGAUGAACGGAGAAUUGGUAGAGAACCGUUUCUUUGCCAUCAUGAUCAUAAAGAAAUGGACGGAUCACAUGCCUUAACAAACUAGGUGGACUAUGUGAAUUAACGGUUUGAGUUGCUCCAAAAUUUUGAAGCUGAAUUACUCAUAUAUACGUAUGUUUCUUCUUAUUUGCCCCCCGUGUGUUUUUCUGUACUGCCAAUUCCUAGUAUUUGAUAUUCUGCAUUUGUUUUAGGCUUUUGUUUACAUAGUUGGAAUGGAUUUGUAUAAUUCAAACAAUCCACUUAUCUUUCUUAUAGAAAUUAUAAAUCAUUGAUUGAUAUCGAUUAGAUUC